AGUCCAGGCCUAUCAGUCUAACUAUAGCCAAUGGAAUGAUAAACUGGAAGACAACUACAGAGCAUGCUGCUAUUCCUGUUACCAUGGUGAAGGGAAUUACAGUACAGUCUGGACAGAUGAGAUUUUCUGCUCCAAGCCCCAGGGGCAAUGUAUCCUUUCAUAACCAGCCACAAAACAUACAUAACAUUGGUUCCAGCGGUAUGGUAACACUUAGACCUGGUAAUCUAGCUUUUACUAUGGCCAGACCAGGACUGGCAGGAGGUGUCCAGACAAUACAGGGAGCUGUACAACAGAAACAGAUACCAGGAGGACAGGUCCAGUUUCAAGUUGGACCACAAACAACACAAGGCAUUACCACACAGAAAGUGAUCCAAGGUCAAGUUUCUUUGUCACAGUUGUCAGGUGGGAUUGUUGCCCAACAGAUUCCUAAUGCUGCAGUUCUUAAUCAACAGCAACAACAGCUGAUCAUACCAAAUUUUCAGACAACCAGAUAUAUCCGGCCACAACCUGCUAUUAGUGGUCAACAAGCUAAGUUAUCAACAGUGCAGACAACAAACCAGCCAAUAUUUUCUGUCAGACCUAUUGCUCAAAUUCCAUUAGUUACAGGUGCUAAUAAUAAAACAGACACAAAUUCCCAGCCUUCUAAUAUUAUGACUGUUCAACAACAGGCUAGCCUGCUUCAGCAAACUGGAAAAGCCCAGGCAAUAAAAGCACAACAACAACAACCGUUAGUUAGUCAGAUACAACUUCAGAAUGCGAAAGGACACCAACAAGUUACUUUUACUAUAAAUACACAGGCUGCUGGCCAGGUUAGGCUCAAUCCAGUCAUCCAGAGUAAUAAGGCACUUCCUAACCGUAAUCCUUCGGCUGUUUUAAUCAGACCCCCUAUCCGACAAACCACUCAAAUCCCACCUAAAUUGAAUAUAAACCCACAAAACGUAGCUCAGUCUAGUAUUAUAGUUCAGUCCCCUGUCAAUAGAUUCCAGACACCAGGUGUGAAAGCUCACAUCCUUGAAAAUCCAAAGAAAAAUCCACUGGCAACACAAUAUAUGAUUUUGUCUCAAAAUAAAAACUUGGUUCCAAUGCCUGUAAUGCAGCAGGAUACGGCACAUCAGAUUCCAACUCCUGUGUCGGACCUAGAUGGAUUGAUGCCAGAACUGACAAAGAAAACAGAUUUACCAGUAGUUGAACCAAAACAAAAAACAAGUAGAAAAAACUCAGCUAAUUUACCUGCUAAGGAAAAUAAAACCUUACAAACAACUUCUUGA